CGUGGCGGGGCUGCUAUAAGUGGCGCGGCAGGGAGGCGGGAGGGGGCUCGGGCGCUGGCUGUGGUACUGGUGCUCGUUGGCCCGUGGUAGCGCGGUUGGCUGCGGCUGAGGAGCGGGGCCAUGGCGACGGUGAAGGCAGUGUGCGUGCUGAAGGGGGAGGAGCCCGUGAAGGAGCCUGUGAAGGGCCCCGUGAAGGAGCCCGUGAAGGGCGUCAUCUACUUCGAGCAGCAGGGUAAUGGACCAGUAACGCUCUCUGGAAGUAUUACAGGUUUGACUGAAGGAAAACAUGGCUUCCAUGUUCAUGAAUUUGGAGAUAACACAAAUGGAUGUACCAGUGCAGGUGCUCACUUCAAUCCUUAUGGCAAAAACCAUGGUGGACCACAGGAUAAUGAGAGGCAUGUUGGCGAUCUUGGCAAUGUGAUUGCUAAUAAAGAAGGUGUGGCGGAAGUGUGUAUUAAAGAUUCUUUAAUUUCUCUUACGGGAUCGCAGUCCAUUAUUGGACGCACCAUGGUGGUCCAUGAGAAAGAAGAUGACUUGGGUAAAGGAGGAAAUGAUGAGAGUUUAAAAACUGGCAAUGCUGGUAGUCGUCUGGCUUGUGGUGUUGUUGGAAUAGCUAAACUCUAAAUAUUGACUACUUGGAAGCACUUAAAGUGCAAAUGAUAAGUAGGCUAUAUAGCAAUGUACAUUGUUCUGACAAAAGCUUUCUUUAAUCUUACUGCUAUCUUCAGUAUGUAUUGGCUAGAACAGUAUAAAUGACUUAAUUUUGUAUGUGUACUGCAAUUAAAAUGUUGAUGGAAA